AUGGCGGACGUAUCCGAGAGGACGCUGCAGGUGUCGGUGCUAGUGGCUUUCGCCUCUGGAGUGGUCCUGGGCUAGCAGGCAAAUCGGCUGCGGAGGCGUUACCUGGACUGGAGGAAGCGGAGGCUGCAGGACAAGCUGGCGACGACUCAGAAGAAGCUGGACCUGGCCUGAGCGCGCGCCGCGGCUGGAGCCCUCCGGAUCCUCACUCCCCAAGCCCCACGCGGCCCGGAUAGGGUGAGCCGCGCGGCUACUCGCCCGGGGGAGUCUUGGGUCUCCUUUACAUCGCUUGCAGGAAUGUGGUUUGCACUAGAGCUCAGAAAAGUUGUCUUCUCUAGUCACUUACUCUUCCGGUGUUACAGCUCAGUUUAAUGGAAUGUUUGACCACGUGCGAUACAGUUGCACCUUAACAUUUAACUUCGAAAUGGAAAACA